GGAUUGAUGAAAUAGAAAGGUUCAAACAAAGGGUCUCUUGCUAGACAUAGCUGCUUGCUGCCCUAGCUAGGUUAUAAUUUUUGCCUUUGAAUCAAUCAUCUUCUUCAAGUUCUCCUCCCAUGGCGGCUUUCUUUUGAGUUUUCCUAGGUGCAAAGACAACCCACCUGUUCUUUUUCUUACAGAUCAUGCUGUUUUUCAUACCACUUUGAGAUCAACAAACUACUGUUCAUCUUCUCCUUUGUUUUCCUUUUUUUGUUGAUUUUUCGAUAUGGAUUCUCUUCAGGGUUUUGAAACCUCGAAUGCUAACCCUUCUUCCACUGCUUUGACCUCGAAUUUCCCUGCAAGUCUCUCGAUCACCACCGCCAACGGAAAACCGUUGUCGGUGAUGCCGUCCUCAUCCGCCCUGUCAUCAUCUUCUUCCUCCACUUCUCCGACUACUCUCAGCCGCUACGAGAACCAAAAGCGCCGUGACUGGAAUACUUUCGGCCAAUACCUCUGCAACCACCGCCCGCCUCUCUCCCUCUCCCGCUGCAGCGGCGCACACGUCCUGGAGUUCCUCCGGUACCUCGACCAGUUCGGGAAAACCAAAGUCCACACACCACUUUGCCCUUUCUUCGGUCACCCUAACCCUCCGGCUCCAUGCCCCUGCCCUCUCCGUCAAGCUUGGGGAAGCCUCGACGCUCUCAUCGGUCGCCUCCGUGCUGCCUUUGAGGAACACGGCGGCAAACCCGAAGCAAACCCUUUCGGUGCCAGAGCUGUUAGGCUUUAUCUACGUGAGGUUCGUGAUUCACAGGCUAAAGCCAGAGGCAUAAGCUAUGAGAAGAAGAAAAGGAAACGACCCCUUCAACCUCCUCCAUCUCUUCCACCAUCAAACAUCGAUCAAAAUCAGUAAGCAAACUAAAAAAAACAGCUGCAUG